AUGUCGGAGGCACAACGGCGCGCAGAGUGCUUCUGGCAGGAGCCGGCAGGAAAAGCCAAAGUCGCAGAAUCCGCGGCUCGGGUGAAAACGCUAACUGCGCGGCCACGUUGCCCCUUUGAAAAUGGCACUGGCCGCCGAGGAGGGGGGCAGGGCGCGGGCGGUCUCGGCGCGAAAACUCGAGAGCCGCGCGAUUUCAGGAAUGCGCGUGCGCGGGAGAAAGAGCCAGAGAGCGGCAAAAAGCGCAGAGCCAAUUGGCAGCGGCGCCUGACGCAGCUACCAUUUAAGGGAGAAAUCAUCCCCUGCAGGAGGGUCCCGGUUUUUGGGGGGGUCCCCAAAGGGGGCGUGGCCUGUCCCGGGGGCUGCGACUGCGACCGAACCAACGCCCGCUGCCGGGGGGGGGCCGGGGGCGUCCCCCGGGGGCUCCCCCCGGGCCUGGCCACGCUCUCGCUGCUCCGCUGGGACAUCGAGGAGCUGCCCCAGGGGAGCUUCCGGCACCUCCCGGCGCUGACGCUGCUCCUGGUGGCCUCGGGGCGCCUGGGGAGCGUCGGGGACGGAGCCUUCGAGGGGCUGGGGGCGCUGGAGUACCUGUUCCUGGAGGACUCCCAGCUCCGCUCCCUCCCCCCUGCAGCUCUCCGGGGGCUCCGGGGGCUCCUGUUCCUGAGUCUGGCUGACAACCUCCUGCAGUCGCUGCCCCGCGGCCUCUUCCAGGAGCUGCCCAACCUCGGCCACCUGGACCUGCGGGGGAACCCGCUGCGCUGUGACUGCGCGCUGCGCUGGCUGCUGCGCUGGCUGCGCGCCCGGCCCGGCCCCGGCCCCGAGGGCGGCGCCCGCUGCCACGGCCCCGCGGCGCUGGCCGGCACCGCCCUGGCACUGCUCGGGCCCCGGCAGCUCCAGUGCCAGCGCCACGAGCUGCGGCCGUUCCAGGCGCUGCCGUUCUCCUCGCUCGGGGCCGAGCCCUUCGCGCUCGGGGGGCACCCUGGGGUGGCCCUGGCGCAGCCGGCGGCCGGAGCCUGCGCCCUGCUGGAGUGGGACCAGCUGGGGGGCAGCUUCCGCGCCCAGCGCGUCAUCAACGGCUCCUCACCGGUGGCCUGCCACCCAGUCCCGCUGGGUGACACCCUGCUGCUGGUGGUGGCCCAGCUGGGCGGCGGCUCCUGGGUGUGGCGGCGCUCGGGCGGCCCCGGCUCGGCCUUCGUGCGCCACCAGGCCCUGGGCGCCGGCCGCCUGCGCCGGCCCCACGCCGUGGCCGCCGCGCGCCUGGCCGGGCACCUCUACCUGGGGGUGGCCGACAGCUCCAAGGGCGGCACCAGCACCGUGUUCCGCUGGGCCUCGGGCGGCUUCUACCCGCACCAGGCGCUGCGGCCGUGGCAGCGCGACACCCACCUGGAGUUCCUGGAGCUGGGCGGGCGGCCGGCCCUGGUGCUCUGCGGCGCCGCGCGCCGGCCGCUCGUCUACCGCUGGAGCGGCGACGCCUUCGCGCCGCACACCGACAUCCCCCACGUGCCCGACGCCUACGCCGCCAAGCACUUCCGCCUGCGGGGCAGCGUCUUCCUGUGCCUCACCAGGUUCCUGGGCGACGCCAAGGUGAUGCGCUGGGAGGGCUCCAUGUUCCGCGAGGUGCAGCAGGUGCCGGCCCGCGGCUCUCUGGUCUUCCAGCCGCUGCUCCUGGCCGGCCACCGCUACGUCCUGCUGGGCAACGACUUCGCCCCGAGCCGCGUCUUCCGCCUGGGCGCCGGCGGCCGCCUGGAGCCCGCCCAGGACCUGCCCGCGCCCACCCCCCGCGCCUUCGUCCCCGUCGCCGUCGGCCACCGCCACUUCCUGGUGGCCUCCAGCUUCAAGGGGGCCACCCAGAUCUACGCCCACGUCACCGAGGAUGUCGGCACCUGAGGGGACGGCCAGGCGCGCCCGGUGGCCGCCCGCCGCCGGGGGGAUGCCCGGAGCUGCCGUCGUGUCCCUGAGGCUGGGGGACAUCAGGGGACGCGUGGUGGCAGCCGAGGAUGGUGGCCACCAGUCCACCGUGGAGAUGGGGACAUCAGGGGACAUGAGGGGAACAUGUGGUGGCAUCUGGAGGGACGUGUGGUGGCAUCUGGUGGGACGUGGGCAUGGUGGCCACCCUGAUGUUGUGGAGAUGGGGGCGUGAAGGGACACCGUGGGGACAAGGUGGGGACACUGUGGGGACACCGUGAGGACGGCGGUGCCACCACGGCCUCGUGCAGCUGCAGGGACGUGGGGACGUCGCCGUGGGCUCGGGCACCAGAGGGACGCGGGGACAUUGACCAGACACCAGCAGGGACCUGAGGCCACCCUCGCGCGACAUCCCCAAGGCCACCAUUGCCUCAGUGUCCCCAAGUUCACCACUGACCCAACGUCCCCAAGGCCACCAUUGCCUCAGUGUCCCCAAGUUCACCACUGACCCAACGUCCCCAAGGCCACCAUUGCCUCAGUGUCCCCUCCUGGUGCCACCAUCACCCCGAUGUCCCCAAAGCCACCAUCACCCUGAUGUCCCCAAAGCCACCAUCACCCCGAUGUCCCCAAAGCCACCAUGGCCCCGAUGUCCCCAAGGCCACCAUGGCCUCAGCGUCCCCUCCUGGUACCACCAUGGCCCCGAUGUCCCCAAGCCCUUGUGUCCCCUCCCAGUGCCACCGCUGUCCCGCCGUCCCCGUGUCCCCUCCCCCGGUGACCAAAAUCCUUUUUUUUUUCACCCA